AUGAUUUUGGAAAAAGAUAUUUAUCGAUCGAACAACCACUUGGUGUUGCUGAGGAACCUGACUUUUGAAUCGUCUGGCAUCUACAAGUGUGAAGUGUCAGCUGAUUCGCCUCUGUUUCAUACUUAUUACAAUGAGAGUUUGAUGGUCGUUGUGGAGCUACCCGAAGACGGCCCAAAGAUCUCCGGAGGACAGACGCACUACGCACAAGGGGAGACGGCGAGGUUCAACUGCACUUCAUCGCGUAGCAAGCCCGCCGCUGAGCUCACUUGGUACAUCAACGAGGAACCGGCCAAGCUGAGUUACUUAGUGCCAUAUUACCCUUACGAGCACGCCGAUGGACUUAUUAGCAGGAGGCUCGGUCUCUCGUUCACGGUGGAGAAAGGUCAUUUCGAUGAGGGAGAAAUGAACCUGAAAUGCGAAGCGGUGGUGGCGGCUGUUUAUGACCCGGUGGGGCAGGACGAAACCAAAGUGAUGGAGAGAGACCCCGUCGUGUUGGAGAGAGGAGAGGCUGCGAUAGUCGUUCUGAGCGGAGCAUCUGCAGUGCUGCCAACCUAUGCGACAGUGUUGGUGCUUGUCGUCCUAACAGGGGAACAAGCCGUCACCUAAACCCGAUUGGGAGAGCGUUAGUUUGUCCUAUGCAUAUCUCUCGCUGUAAGGGGAAGAUAAUGAUAGGAACUGAGCAUUUCACAAGGUCGUAGGCUUCAAGUAACGCGUCAUUUUCCUGUUUGUAGAGAUUUAUAAUCAUGCAGAGCGCCGGGCCAUUCAAAUCCCCGUUGAUGGUAGGGAGGAGUGAGCCAGUGCGCAGGCGUGUUCAGGACAGGGGUGCCAACCGCCUUCCUGUACUAAUGUCGCCGUCGACUUGCUGCCUUGAAAGAGAGAGCGAGAGAAG